CGUUGUUUUCAAUGUGUUCCGUGUCGUAAAUGUGGCGUGUGCCGAUAACUAAAUGCCGAGUUGUUGUUUUUUUUUUUUUAAAAGUGACCAACUAAGGUUACAAACCCGCUAAUUUUUAAUACACGGCUAACAACAAUUAACCAACUGGUCACAAGUAACUUUACUUUUGGACUUAAAUUAAUAGAUCAGCAGCAGGGUGAAAUGGCCGCUGUGGAGAGCGGUGGAGGCUUCAGUCAAAAGCGAAACGCAAAUUCACAAGACUCACAGCAGCCAUCACCACUCGCCUUGUUGGCAGCCACAUGCAGUCGCAUUGACACCCCGGGAGAGAACGAUUCCCCUGCCGACCAGCACCAACAGAAUCAGCAGCAGCAACUGGACCUAAACCAGGCUGUUUUUACCUCCAGUGCCAAUAGCUGGCAGGUAAACCCUCUCAGUGUUCAAGCAUCCUCAGGCUCCAACACAGUCACCACAGAUUCCUCAGGAGUGAUGUCAGGAGGAGACCUCAUCAAGAACAGACAGGUGCUGUCGCCCGCUGCAAGCUCUCAGAGUCAGCAGCAGCAACAACAGCCCUUUGUAGUUGCUCAGGCGCCGUCAAUGCAGGGUCAGCAGGUCCUUACCACUAUAUCAGGUGUGAUGCCCAACAUCCAGUACCAGGUCAUUCCACAGUUUCAGACAGUGGAUGGCCAGACGCUGCAUUUUACACAUGCUCAGCAGGAGUCUGCUGUGCCUGCCACAGCAGGACCAGGCCAACAGUUUCAGAUAGUGUCUUCUCCCAAUGGCCAACAGAUCAUAGCUGCGAGUAACAGAGCCGGUGCAGCAGGAAACAUCAUAACCAUGCCCAGUCUCAUUCAGGGAGCCAUACCCAUACAAAACAUAAGUUUAGGCAAUGGUUUGUUACAAAACCAGCCCCAGUUCCUGGCAAAUAUGCCCAUGUCUCUUAAUGGAAACAUCACUUUGUUACCCGUCACUGCUGGUGCUGCAGGGGGGGAUACCAAUGGUGGAGGAGAAGCAGGGGGAAACCAACUCAUGCAGCAGCAGCAACAACAGCCAGUGUCUUCCAACAGCGAGGCCGGCUACAUGACAAGUGCUUCCACUGUCACUACACAAACCUCCUCUUCUUAUGGAGUUACUCAAAAGCAGAACAGCAAUGGAGCUGUGACAGGGACCUUUCAGCAAAACAUGGCCUCUUCUCUGGGUGUCCCAAUACAGCCAGACAACAGAGACAGGGGGCAGCCACAGCAAAUCCUCAUUCAGCCUCAGCAGGUUAUCCAAGGUGGAGCGCAACUCCAAACCAUCCAGGCCGGUACCGUUGCAGCCACAGGCGGUCAAGUGUUUACACCAACACUUAGCCAGGAAGGGCUUCAAAAUCUUCAAAUCAUGCCAAACACAGGGGCCAUCCUGCUGCGCACUGUAGCCCCCAACGGCCAGGUGACCUGGCAGACCAUUCAGAUCCAGAAUCCGACGGGAGCGCAGAUCACGCUGGCACCCGUGCAGUCCCUUCCCCAGCUCGGCCAGACUCAGGGAACAGCUGCAGCUGGAGGAGUACCUGUCAACACCGUGCAGAUCCCAGGCAUCCAGACCAUAAAUCUUAACAGCCUCGGGGGGUCUGGGCUGCAGAUGCACCAGCUGCCCAUCACCAUCGCCAGCACAGCAGGAGAGCAGCCAUUACAGACAGGUGGAGAAAGUUUGGAUGAAAAUACAGCUAUGGAUGAAGAGGAUCUAAGCCCACCACCUCAAGGGCGACGUAACCGUAGAGAAGCGUGUACCUGCCCCUUCUGCAAGGAUGGAGAAGGACGUGAUCCGACUAAAAAGAAGCAGCACAUAUGCCACAUCACUGGCUGCGGGAAGAUCUACGGCAAGACAUCCCACCUCAGAGCCCACCUUCGCUGGCACACGGGAGAGCGUCCCUUUGUCUGUACCUGGGCUUACUGCGGCAAACGAUUUACCCGUUCAGAUGAGCUUCAGCGCCAUAAGAGAACACACACAGGUGAGAAAAAGUUUGCGUGCACAGAAUGUCCCAAACGCUUCAUGCGCAGCGACCACCUCUCAAAGCACAUCAAGACCCAUAUGAACAAGAAACCGCCAGCUGUUACCAGCAGCAACGCCGCCACCACUGUCUCAGCUGACGCUGCUUCCCCUGCAGCAGGAACAGAAGCCGGCACCGGAGCAGUUUCAGCAAAUGACCAGCACACCAUCGUCACCAUGGAAACCUUAUCUGCCGAGAGCUUGGCUCGAUUAGCCAGCAGUGGUAUUGGCAUGAUGCAGGUGGACCUUCACCAAAUGAAUGGCAGUAGUUUCUAAAUCGGUGGAGUAAAGUGGCCUUGGUGGAUAUUGUAUUUGGACAUUUGGGGCUUUAAAAAGGGCACCUUACUGCAGAUGCAGAAGCUUUUAAAGGCUUCAGGCAGGAGAGGUGGUGACAGAUGCAAUGCAACAGACACUAUAAAUUUUGAGGACUGAGGGAGAAAUGUUUCCAUCUUGUAUUUGAGACCUUGGGCAUUGAAGGCUCAGUUGGAUUAAAAUGUUAGGCUAGAAAAAUCACCAUUUGAUUUCCUUAAAAUGGGAAUGGCAUUACACUAACAUUUAUCACACGUAAAGAACGGUCUUACUUGAUAGUGGGAUUGCAAUAAAACACAUAAGUCACCACACUUCAUGUUGAAUUUGUAGCUUAUAUUACGCUCUCUUUAAUCUUAUCUCUUCUUAGCAAAGGGAUAAAUUCAGCCCCCCCACCCCCAUCCCAUUGUUUGUUUUUUGUUUGUUUUUUGUUCUUGAAGCUCUGUGCUUUGCCAUUUUGCCAUCCCUCCUCUCAUAGAUGCUUCCUUUCCCAUCAGACUGGGCUCCUGUCUCACACAUGCACCUCAGGCUAACUGACCACAUAUAAGAUGAAAACAAUCUUUAGCAGAAAAUAUUCAGUUCUCAGAUUGCAGUGCUGGGAGAACUGGAUGUGUUCAUAAACAGCAAUCUGAUUGCCACGGGAAUAAUAUUUAAAUGACAGGAGGUGGACCAGGGCAUGUACACAUGACAUCAGAGCCAGAAGCACUAAUCAGUGCAGUGUAAGGAUAUAGUUAUCAGAGCACUGAGAGUAACCCCAGCACACUUAAGCCAUCAUGCUUUGAUAUCUGUCAUCACAAAGCAUUUUUUAUGUAAAUAUGUAUUUGGUUGUGUAAAUGCUGCAGAAAUUCUUAGUAUAAGCAGGAUUAUCUUUCAUGAUUGCCUUUCAGAUUUCUAAACCUUUCAUGCACAAUCAAGUUUAAUAUUGUUACUCCUACAUUUAUAAAUGUAUAUGUAGAUUAAAUGUGUAAACUUCAACCUUUCUGUCAUAGAAUAAUGGAUUCUAUACAGUCCAGAUCUUCCAGUACUUUUUCCUGUGGUACUCUUCUUCCUCCAACACUUUGUCUUGCAUUCAGUUCAGUUUCUUUCUUUGGGUUAACUAUUGUUUCAUCAUAUCUGCUCAGAGUGAUGGAUUUUGUAUUAAUUUCCAGACAGCAUAAAUAUGUAAGCUCAAAACCAAAGGUUCAUACUCAUUUUAUAAACAAAACUUUAAAAAAAAAAGUCUUUGGUCCAUAAACUUUCUAAUAAUUUUUCUAUUAUAAUGCACAUGCUAAAGUUGUAACUGGAAAGAGUCCAGCUUGAGGCAAACCUUGAAUUAUUUUUCCCUUUGUUGUCCAAAUAAGAUGAAAAAUGUACCAGGUCUUGUCAUGAAGAGUUGUGCUUCCCUUAACUUUUGAAAUGUUUUGUUUCUGCUUUGAGAAACAGCAUUUAAAAAUUCUUUGCAACUCGAGAUUAAGUCAAUUGGGCAACAAGUGCUCUUAUUUUUUGGCUCAUUUUAAACAAGGGAUUUUAUAUUGUUUGUAUACAACUACUGCAAAUGCCAACAGCUGGAUUAAAAUAAUAAAUAUA